AUGGGGUCCUCCAUCCAGCCAUCAAGAUUUUUAGAUAGUGCCGUACUAUCCCUAUUUGCUAUGGUCACUUCGGCAGCAUUCCUCUACAUGUUUUCAGAAUUUUUCGUUUUAUCAUUCGAAGCGAAAUUACUUAACAACAAAGUGAGCAUGGUGCUGUCACGUAUAUUUCCAUUCAAGACCUUCGAGUACAACCUGACCCACAUAUUGCUCCUGACCAUAUGCAUAAUCAUCCUUAGUCUCAAGCCUGAUUAUAGCUACCACAGCAAGAUCAGCGUUAAGGAUUGCAAAAGAAGCGGAGGAAAGGAUGAUUCCCACAAAAUGGACGACAUGGAUAGAAUGUCAAGAGACAAGAAAAAAUGA